UGACUGCUUGCACGAUUGAACAGAUGUGCUGAUUGUGAUUACAUACCAGUCGCCGCCUACAUCACCUGCCCGCACCGGACCCUCUACACAUGUACAAGAGAGAGAGGGAUGACGCUUGCUAAGGCCUAAAGGGACGGGGUCAUUUGCAGCGACGACGUACGACAGCUUCGUCGUCUUGGUGGCGUGGCACCAUGGGCGGCGCCUACUGCCGCCGCCGCUCGCCGCUCGAGCAGCAACUCCUCCCGGCAGUGCUGGUGCUGCUCGUCAUCGUCGCCGCCAGCAGCAGCUUCUGGGGUGUGGCCGCCAAGGAGACGGGCCGGAAUGUGAUCACGCACAUCAAGGGGUUCCGAGGCCCGCUGCCUUUCCAUCUCGAGACAGGGUACGUGGAGGUGGACGACGAGAACGGAGCGCGUCUCUUCUACUACUUCAUCGAGUCGGAGAGGAACCCGGCGGAGGACCCGCUCAUCCUCUGGAUCACCGGCGGCCCCGGAUGCUCCGCACUCUCUGGACUCCUCUUCGAGAUCGGCCCCCUCAAGUUCGAUGUGGCGGGGUACACGGAAGGGACGUUCCCGCGUUUGGUCUACUUCGAGGAUUCGUGGACCAAGGUGAGCAACAUCAUCUUCCUGGACUCGCCGGUGGGUACAGGCUUCUCCUACUCGCGGGAGGAGGCCGGCCUCAACGUCAGCCUGACGGAAUCCGGGCGGCAGCACCAUGUCUUCCUCCGCAAGUGGCUGGCGGAGCACCCCGAGUUCGCGUCCCAACCGCUCUACAUCGGCGGCGACUCCUACUCCGGCUACACUGUGCCGGUGACAGCGAUGGACAUCGCUACCAGCAGCAGGUCGAGGGACGACGAUGAUGGUUAUCCGAAGCCGAACCUGGUGGGCUACCUGGUGGGCAACCCCGGCACGGACGACCGGUACGACUCGGGGGGCAAGGUGCCGUUCAUGCACGGCAUGGGGCUCAUCUCCGACGAGCUGUACGAGGCCGCCAGGCUGGGCUGCGGCGGCGACUUCUACAAGACUCCGGACCUCACAAACACGCGCUGCGCCAGCGCGAUGAUUGCUAUCUACAUGGUGACCGUCGGCGUGAACCCCAUGCACAUCCUUGAGCCUUUCUGCGGGCCGCAGGGGCCGGGGGUCCGGAGCAUCUUCCAGGACAACGGCAGCAGGCGGUCGAUGCUGGUGCAGGACGAUGUCCCCCACCCGGGAUUCUUCACCAAACAGCCGGUGGAGUGCAGGAACAACGGGUACCGGCUGUCCAACAUCUGGGCGGACGACCCGGAGGUGAGGGAUGCGCUAGGCAUUCACAAGGCUUCCAUCGGCUCGUGGAGUCGAUGCACCAUGCUGCCGUACUACAGGCACGACGUCAGCACCGCCAUCCCCUACCAUGUCAACCUCACCAAGGCAGGGUACAGGGCGCUCGUCUACAGCGGCGAUCAUGACCUGGGCAUGACCUUCGUGGGCACUCAAGAGUGGAUCAGAAGGAUCGGCUACCCCAUCGUCAGCGAUUGGAGACCAUGGUUCGUCAACCGACAGGUCGCAGGGUUCACAAGGACAUACGCCCACAACCUCACAUUCGCCACAGUGAAGGGAGGAGGGCACACAGCUCCGGAGUACAGGCCGAAAGAGUGCCUGGCCAUGUUGGAUCGAUGGACAUCGUCAGCAGCUGGCCAGCUCUCAUGAAUUUGAGGAUCACGAAAUUAACAAAGAACUAGUACAAAUCCGUGCCCCGCGACGUAGCACAAAUUUGAUAUUUAUAUAUAAAAAUAAAUUUAAUAUUAAAAUGAACAUAUGAUCCACAUAUAAGAUAUUAAACACAUAAGAACAAAUAUUAAAUUUUAUCUAUAAGACAAGGAACGUAUGAGUUGAAAAGUGAACAUAUGGUCCACUUUUUUUUAUAGCUCCUUCAGCUCUUCUAGCCAUCAAAGUGGUACUAUUUAGUACCGUUGUGCUGCAUGUGGCUUCUUGUCAUAUUGGGUUUAGAUGGUUUCUCAAGGCCCAUAUGUGGUGUAAUAGACUAUUGGACCCAUUGUUAAACAAGAAGCGGAGAGGAAUAGACCUACGCGUUUUGCACGUCA